AUAGGGUGAGGGUCAGACCCUUGUCGAAUUGACCUGGAAUGCCCCAUAUAUAUACCUAUAUGUGAUUCUCUCUUUCUAUUAGCGCGGGACGGCGCGCUCUAGGGGUUCGUUCACACAUUUAUCCUCCGUGACCAGUGAAGAAGCAUAGGCUGUGACAAGUGCCUAAACUGUUAUCUGAUUGGUAGAAACGGCGCUGUCACUUUUUGAAUCCUUGGGCCUGAUGCUUUGGCACGUUGACUGAAGUAUAUUUUUGAGUCACGCCUAUAAGUUGCUUGCGAGUCGAAUGAGUUGGGUUGAGUUUAUAAGCCGGAAUAUCCGUGAUUAUAUUGAGGUUAAGUUAUGUCGGAGCUCAUUGAUUUGGCUUGGUCAAAUGAACGUGCUUAUGUAUGGAGUGCGGAAGAACGGAAUUCCGGAUGAUCAGAAGAAAUAUUUCAUGGACAUCGUAUGGAAACAUCCAGGGGAAUUAGCUGCCGAUCCGCAAUUCUUUGUCGAAGGACUUCCACGAUUCGAUGUUCAGCAAAAUCAUCUCUACGAUUGUUGGGCAGUCGCUAGUUUGUGCAGUCUUGCAAUGCACCCGAGAUUAUUGUAUCAAGUUGUACCGCAGGAUCAAGGCUUCGAGGAGGCGAAGUAUGCUGGAAUAUUUCACUUCAGAUCCUUCUGUACGGGACGUUCGGCGUUCCAUGCUAAAUCGACAAACGUUAAUCUCCCAAAGACUUUUUAUUAUUUAAAGUCGAAUAAAGUUUCACCGUGUCCGUCAUCAUCUUGCAUUGUAUUGGAAAUAUUUUUCAUGGAAACAAUAAAUUCGAUAAAACGUUGUAAAUCUAAUUCUCUUGACUGUUUUUAUGAUGUUGAUCAGAUCAGAGCUUUAGAAAAUGAACAGGUUAAAUUUGAUCGCAUGACAGUAUUUUGGCAGUUUGGAAAGUGGGUCGAUGUCGUGAUUGACGGUCGUCUCCCAACGGAUUCAGCAUCACAUUUGAUACUUGCACUAUCGCCGGAAAGUAAUGAAUUCUGGGCCCCCUUGGUUGAGAAAGCUUACGUAAAACUUUACGGAUCAUGGAAGGCCAUAGAUGGUGGUGAUCCUGGGGAAGUUUUGGAAGAUUUUACUGGAGGGCUAGCGUUUUAUUACCCAAUAUUUGAUUCCGAACGAGUUUCGUUUGAUACUAUUCAAUAUGCUCAAAAACGAAAUGCCGAGUCUGAAGUCACGAAGCUGAGUCAUUCCGUUUGA